GCUAACAAGUCCAUGGGUAUUAUUCUCAGUGUGGGUUUCUGUGGUUCUCCGUGGGUUCUCUUUUUUACAGGAAUAAAUACUAUAACAGUGUUAUUAAUUAGUCUGUGCUGUUGUUGAACUCUUGUGUGAAUAUGGGUGCGCAGAACUUCCUUUAAUUUUUUUUUUGCGGAAAGGCUAGAGACAGAACUAGCUGGACGAAUUGUGAGUGACGAAUUUACAGUUGGAAAUACAGGAUGAAUGGUGUUGGAAGCUCACAGCAACGUUUUCUCUAUUUCAUGAAUGGCAAUCAAUAAAAACCUUAUCGGACAUGAUUCAUCGUGUUUGACUAGUCUUAUUGAUCUCUAAUCGGUACAUCUAUGCCAGUAUAAAUCUAAAACUAUCAGUAGUUGAACCGGCGCUUUCCAGUAGACAACUUUUCAUCCGAGCUGGAAGUCUAAAAUUAAUUAAAAGAAUGAAAUUAUUUCUUACUUUUGCAUCGAUCAUCGUUUAUUUAAACCUCACAGCGAUGAAGGCCCAUCCACAUCCGGAAAAGCGUUCAGCAGCUCUGGAGGGAUCGUUCAUGAGCGCAGUGCCGAUAUCACUUACUGACGAUAUGCCGCCUGAAAUAGAAUCUCCCGAUUUUCCUCAAUUACUGUUGAAGUGCAUUCCAAACCAAGAUUGGACGGCCGUAGAGUCUUGUGAGAAAGAAACCGAACUGAAAUUGAACAUGACUAGAAACGCUAUAAUGAAUAGAAGUCUCCCUUCAAAAGAAGACAGAGAAAAACUCGAAGAGGAAGAAAAAAAGUUCCGCGCGUUUUCUUGCGAAUGUUUAGUAAAGAAAAUGAUUUUGGCGGAUGAAAUGACAGGCCAGCUUGACAUGGCCGGUUAUGAAAAAUACUACGAAACUACUUCUCUAUCUUCUGAACAAAAGGCAUUGGCUGCCGCCGAUUUUAUUUCGUGCAUGACGGCCAACUUAAUCAGACCUUCCCUACCUAUCUUCGUUCGAUGGACUGAGUCAAGCAAUGAAGUAAUUGGCAACUUGGUCACAGCCAACCAUGUUAUAGGAUGUGACAUGAACUCCUUAAUUAAGAAUGGCUGUUCCGAUGCUUCCGUCAGCACUUCAACUCUGACUUGGAUUAUGCAAAAUCUACAGACCCGCAUAGCAAAAGAGAUUCUUCAGUAAAAUUAGACCUUUGCUGAUAGCCAAUUGGUCGGAGAUCCAUGAAUCCAGUACUUUCAUUGUUGACUCUGUUUCGUUCCUAAUGAAUGCAAUUAAAUAAUGCGCUACACAAUUAUGUCGCAUCAAGAAUAUGUUAUCGGUACAGCCGUGUCAGCAGUAGCAACGGAAUAUUAUUUUUCGUCCUCUAAUCGUCGGCGGAAGCGCUAGCUGACAAAUCAUCUUUUUUUAUCCACAUUUAUACAUUUUUAAUUUUUUUGGCAAGUAAAAAAAAUCCAGAGAUUUACUUAAUAAAUGGCAAAUUCUCACUGGAA